AUGGUGCGUUUUCAGCCCUGGUGCAUGGCAGUGCAGACACGGUUCAAGUGGCGUCACAAAGAGACAGAUCGAUGGCGUCGUUUGAUGGAUGCAACGUGCAUCCCAAUUGAUUGGCUCGGACAGACACGCGGGCCAAACUUUUCGCAAUACAGCGGUCACUGGACACACUUGAUUACGUGCGCCCAUGUGAUAUGUCCAUGGGAUUACCCAAAUUACUACCCAACAGAGGGACCAACGCGUUUCCUCUCACGUAUUACAUUAGCGGAUACCAUGACACAGGCACGCAUAGUUUCUCUUCAGGGGAACGCAGUGUACAAACACUUCACAUCUAACCAACACGUAUACGUCCACUCUAAUCCUAGACUUGACCUCUGCGUAGUACACCCUGAGCAGAACUUUAAGCGUAGUGGAGAGAUGAAGAUGUUGUGGAUGCAAAAUGAGGGCUACGUUGUGCGUCCGCGUCUGGAACUGGUAGAGCCAUUGUCAGUAGGCGAUCAUGUGUGGAUCUACGGUAUGACUGCACAUGAAUCUCUGUUUGACGAAGAAAAGAGUCCUGAACCGCUCAUGGUGCCGACGGGCAUUCGUGCGAAGGUGCACACACUAACACGGGAACACUUUUUCCUCGACACAACAACAAUUGAGGGAUCUGAUAAAGGUCGUAUUGGAAUGGGCAUGUGCGGUUCUGUUAUAAUGCGCAAUGGACGCUGUGUUGGUAUGCUUACAGCAACAGUACAUGAGGAGAGUAAAUGUAAGGAACUCGCCGGUACUGCCAUGUGUACAUACGCUUCCGACAUUUUUGAUUUUCUUCUGGAGGUGGAACGGCAGAUGAAGGAACCAACACCACGACUUUACCGUGAGGAGACGGUGUUCCAAAAGCGACGUUACGAAGAUGGAACAUAUGAAACGCAACAACAACAAGAGCAAAAAUUGGGAAAAGACUGGGAACUGGACCACACACGACUAGCGCGCCAUAUUCCUGUUCCGGUAUCCAUGUGGCAUAUGGAAGAGAAGUGGUUGACAGAAGAGGAUUACAUGACGAGUACUGUAUUUGGCCGUAAUGGGGCGUUUAACCAGGAAACACAAGAAAACAUGCUUGGCUACGACAUGAAUUCGGCCAAAUCGCAUGGUGAACGUCCAGGCGAUAUCGAAGCUUUUUCCACAGCAACUCAGGACGGUAAACCUGGCAUGCAAGGUGAAAGAAAGGACUACAGUCCAACAGGUAUCUACGCCGAUCAUGAGGAUUUUAAGACACGCGAUGUAUGGGACUACAAUAUUAGCUCCGAAAUGCGUUCACUUUUUGACAAUGCUGUAGAUUCAAAAGAUGCCUAUAGCUUAAACAUGAUGCGUAAAUCGCUAGAUAAUAUUCGGGCACAGCGGGCAAUGGAUAAGAUGAAAGAGACAGUGUUAAAAAACCCUGGCCGCUCUGAUGACCCACUUAACGUUGGAGAUAUGGGCCGCUACGAUGCCACCGGUCCCGCUGACUUUUGCCCUGAUAGAGGUGCAGGAGCGGCAGCAGCUGAAACAGGAUCAGGGAUGAGAAUGGGAACAAGGACAGAACGUGAAAAGGGCGAUAAACACUCUGAAACACCGGCAGAAAGACGGCGACGGGAGGAGGCUUCUUAUCACGAAGCAUUGCGGCGGCGUCAUGGGCAGAAGGCACGUCCAUUCGGUGAUGAAGAUCUUAGCGGGUUGUGGGAACCACAUUAG